ACUUCAUUUUUUGCACACACAGUUCGUACCUCGUGGCACAACUCAUUCUUUCUGCUGUACGUAACUUGAAAUCAUCACCACAGGAGCCCUAAAAGUAAAAGUGAUUGUGGAAUAAUCAAAAUGUCAAUUGUCACAAUCUGUGGAUUUGUUAAAGAUGAGCCAAGAGAAGAAGAAGAAGAAAUAAGUGCAACCCUUAACGAAGAGGUUUUAAUAAACCAUGACGUAUCGAUAAGAGUCAAGAUUGAGGAUAAUGAAACUGCAACUUCCAGACAGUUAUUUAAAUGUGCAACACUAAGUUGUGCCACUGAUUUCCUGUGUUUUCAAUGUGAAUACGUGACAAGUAUCAAAAGCAAUCUCAGAAAGCACAUCAUCUUAAGGCACAUAACUCCAAGAAAGCUAAAAUGUGACCAUUGCAAGUAUGUGACAAACAAUAAGAAAAAUUACACGUGUUCCAUGCGCAAUCACUUCACAAAUGCCAAACACCCCUUAAAACACAAUGCUCUGAAAGACUUAAAAUGUGUCCAGGGCGCUUAUGCCACACAUUCAAAGGGCCACUUAAAGCAACACUCACUAACUCACCGAAACGAGAAGAAAUUUAAAUGUGAUCAGUGCACAUUCGAAACUCACCUAAAAAUGUAUCUGAAAAAACACACCCUCAAUCACAAUUUAACUACAGACUACAAAUGUGCUUAUUGUGCCUAUGCCACAAAGAUAAAAAAAAAUCUUAUAAAGCACAUCAAAAGGCACAUAACACCGAGAAGCUUAAAAUGUGACCAUUGCAAUUACGUAACGAACGAUAAGGACAAUUUAAGACACCAUGUUAGGACGCACAACGAUAAAAAAGAUUACACAUGCUCCAUUUGCCAUUAUGCCACAAACGCCAGACACUCCUACAUUCGACAUCUCCUAAAGCACAACGCUCCGAAAGACUUAAAAUGUGUCCAGUGCGCUUAUGUCACGCAUUCGAAGGACGUCUUAAACCAACACUUAAGAACUCAUCAAAAUGAGAAAAAAUUUAAAUGUGACCAGUGCGCGUUCAAAACUCACGUUGAAAUAUACCUGAAACGGCACGCCCUCAAUCACAAAUCGACCACGGACUUUAAAUGCUCGUACUGUCCCUAUGCCACAAACGUGAAAAAGAACUUCAAGAAGCACCUCUUGAAACAUACAGGGGAGAGCUUACUGUGCGAGCACUGCGACUACACGACGACCAUUCGCGAAAACCUGAAGACACACUUGCUGAAGCACAGAACGUUGAAGAAUUUCGAGUGCGCGUAUUGCAAGUUUCGAACCUAUGCCUCGAAGUACCUGAGGCGGCAUCUCUCAACGCACAGGAACUCGAGGGAGUUUCAGUGUUUCGUCGCAAUUACGAGACUUUUUUAAGUCACCGAAUGUCUGCUUCAUUUGUGAACAGUAUAAAGAAUUAAUAAUACGCAUGGAAUGUUCUAGCUAUCUAUUUUGUCUAAGUUUUGAUAUUUGAUU